UCGCCUCUGAUUGGUCAGUUUGACUGGCGACCUUUCUCCUCUGCGACAGUUUCCUGCGGUGCCUAGUUCUUGAGCGGCACAGACGAGAGCUCGAUCGGAGGCAAGAUGGCGGAUGUGCUGGAUCUUCACGAGGCUGGGGGCGAGGAUUUCGCCAUGGAUGAGGAUGGGGACGAGAGCAUUCACAAGUUGAAAGAAAAAGCGAAAAAACGGAAGGGCCGCGGCUUUGGCUCCGAAGAGGGGUCCCGAGCGCGGAUGCGUGAGGAUUAUGACAGCGUGGAGCAGGAUGGCGAUGAACCCGGGCCACAACGUUCUGUUGAAGGCUGGAUUCUCUUUGUCACUGGAGUCCAUGAGGAAGCCACUGAAGAAGACAUCCAUGAUAAAUUCGCAGAAUAUGGGGAAAUAAAAAACAUCCAUCUCAAUCUGGACAGACGAACAGGAUACCUGAAGGGGUAUACUCUAGUUGAGUAUGAAACAUACAAGGAGGCCCAGGCUGCUAUGGAGGGACUCAAUGGCCAGGAUUUGAUGGGACAGCCAAUCAGUGUUGACUGGUGUUUUGUCCGGGGUCCACCCAAGGGCAAGAGGAGGGGUGGCCGAAGACGCAGCAGGAGUCCAGACCGGAGACGUCGCUGACAGGUCCUCUUGUCCAGAUUUGACCAUGCAACCUUGGAGAAACAGGGCUGGAGUGGAUCUUGCUAUGUUUAUAUUUAAUUUCUUAUCCUACCUGCUUAGUGUUUCUUUUGAGUUAUGAAUAAAUGUUCCAUUUUUGUUUUCUA